AUGAUAUUGACAAGAUUAUCUUUCUUCUACUUUUUGCUGCUAAAUUUUUUCACUUCUUUGGUUUUUGCCGGUAGUGGUUGGGCUCAUUACAAUACGGGUGAUUAUGUUGGUAUGGCCUGUAAAUAUUCGUUAUCUUCAACCGCUAUAUUUUGUGCUACUGAGACUACUAGCAAAUAUACCUGCCAAUGUAAAGAUAUUGAUGCGCUGGGUUCUUAUGUUUAUUGUGGGUUCAGUAAUACCGAGAACUCCACAAAGACUCAGGAGCAGUUUAUUGAUUGGUUCCAAACACAAUGUCCAAAUGUUACUACAUCUAAAAUCGAAGCGGCCUAUAAGAAUGUUACUAACUAUUUAAUUGAUAAUCCUAAAAAGCAAAUUCCCAAUUUUAAUAAAUCCAUUCCAAUCUAUGUUCCAUUUAAAUACAAUGCUACUCUUUAUGAAAUUGCUUACAAUUCAUAUUACGCCAGAUUUAGAAACUUUGACGUUUCUUUUUAUUUUGGUAGUGGACUAUUUGGUUAUUGGGCUGUCAUUAUUUUAUUCAGUGCGAUCUACAGGUUCUUACGAGUUUCUGGACUUUACAACUCUUUAUUACCAAGUAAAAACUACACAACAAGGUUUAUAAAAUCUAAAAUUGCCAUCCCCAGUCUUUUUGCCAACAAAUAUCAUAAAACGUCAUGGUUUAAAGGUAUCGUUCCUAGUAGAAUAGAAUCAAUCAUAAUUUUUGGGUAUUUUGUUUUAUGUACUUUGUUUGUUGCUACAAGAUAUCAUUACGUAGAAAAUGAUAUAAUUUGGCCUAAAAGAAGAGGUCAGAUGGGCAGAUACCCGGGUGAUAGAAGUGCUGUGUUAACAUGUUUCAUGUCUAUUUUAACUUUCUUAUUUGCCGGUAGAAAUAAUUUAUUGCUUUGGUUGACUGGCUGGAAAUACUCCACUUUCGUUACUUAUCAUAAAUGGAUUGCUAGAAUGACUGUUUUAAUGGCGUUCAUCCAUGCAAUAUGUAUGUUGGAAAAUAGUUUAGGGGCCGGUAAGUAUGCUUCUAGACAACAAAGUGAUUGGUGGAGAUGGGGUUGUGUUUCCAUGGUUUGCAUGGGCAUUAUGUUUAUCCAAGGUAUUGCAUUGUUGAGAAGUUUACAUUAUGAAACCUUUUUAAUUAUCCACAUUUUAAUGGCUGUUUUUUUUGUUGUUGGUGCCUGGAUUCACACUAAAAAUUUUGAUUACCAGUGUUUCAUUUACACUGUCACUGCCAUUUGGUGCUUUGAUAGGUUUGCUAGAUAUUUUAGAAUCUUGGUACUUUUUGGUGGUUAUAGAACCGCAACUGUAAAAAUUGUUGCCAACGAAACCUUACGAAUAACUGUUCCAUACAAUAAAACAACUUUUAAAGCUCGUCCAGGUGCUUUUGCAUUUAUAUAUUUUGGAAAUUGGAGGUGCUUUUGGCAAUCCCAUCCUUUUACCAUAGUCACAAAUGAGGAGAAUAAUACGUUAGUCUUUUGUGUUAAGUUUAAAAAAGGCUGUACUAAUACAAUUUAUAAUUUUUUGAAAACACAACCAAACCAAACUGCUCAGAUGAAAGUUGCCAUAGAAGGUCCAUAUGGAUCAUAUCAUAACCUGGAAAGAUACAAUGAUGUUUUGCUUUAUACAGGUGGUAAUGGUAUUCCAGGCCCUUUUGCCUAUGCCAAAAAGUUAGUUAACGACUCUAAGUUCAAAGGCUUUAUUCAUUUAGUUUGGGUUAUUAGACAUUGGGAAUCUUUAGAUUGGUUUUCUGAAGAAUUAAAAUUUUUGGAACAGCACAAGGACAAGAUCAAGACAUCAAUUUUUAUCACUAAAUAUUACGAUUACAAAUUUGGUGAUCAUGAAGACCUAUACAGUAAUAUAAUUAACAUUAAGAAACAGCAGGAGGAGAAAGAAGCAUAUGAGGAAAAACAGACCGAUGAUUCCAGCUCUGAUAAUGAAGUUCUAACUACCAUCAAAAACAAUUUAACACACAUUGAGUUCAAAGAUGGUAGGCCAGAAUUAAAAGAGCUGGUUAAUACGGAUAUACAAAAUUCCUCUGGUAGCACCGUCGUUAUGACCUGUGGUCAUCCUGAAAUGUGUGACGAUAUAAGAGACAUUGUGUGUGAUGCUAUUUAUCAAAGAAAAUCUAGAAUUGAUUUAUUAGACGAAUUACAAAAAUGGUAA